AUGUAUCCCCUCCACACGAGCACGAUCGCACGCCUCGCCCUCGCCCUUGCCGUCGCCGUCGCCCUCGCCAUCACGCCCUCUUUGGGAGAGGUGGUGCUUGUGGAGGACGAUGUGGGCGCGCUGCAUGUGAACACGAGCGAUCCUGCGCGGCAGCCGGUGUUGUUGAACGGCGUGGAUGUGGCACAGUUGCGUGCGCGGUUGGAGGAGCACGGCGCCGAGAUUGCCGCACAGGAGCGCACGCUGCAGUCGCUGUGCCGGUGGUUCCCUUCGACGGUGGACGUGACCACCAUCACUGGCACAGGUGCAGGGGAGCUCAAGUGGGUGGGUGGUGUGCUGGCCGGCAACGGCCUGAUCUACGGCAUCCCGUUUGACGCGCCCGCCGUGCUCAUCAUUGACCCCUUGACCAGCACCGCCGACGCGACGUCGCUCGUGGCCGUCACCGAAUCCGCGCACGGUGGGCGCUGGGCUGGCGGCGUCCUGGGGCCCAACGGCCUCGUGUAUGGGAUGCCGCACGAUGCAGACUCCGUGCUUGUCAUCGAUCCGUCAACCCACGAUAUUGACACGACGUCGAUUGUGGUGGAGAUGAAGACAGGCGCGUCUUCCACAAACACCUCCAAGUUUCUGCACGCUGUGCUGGCGCCCAACGACCUCAUCUAUGGCAUCCCUCGAUCCGCUUCCGCCGUUCUCAUCCUCGACCCAGCGACCAACGCGACAGACACGACGAGCAUUGCCGGGCUCGGGGAUAUGGAGUUCAAGUUCUCUGGCGGAUCUACUGCAUCCCGCGUGGCGCGCGGGGCGCCGCACGUGCUCAUCAUCGACACGGCAACCAACACGAUCGACACAACGGCGAUUGCCGGCUUCUCAGCGGGCGUGCCCAAGUGGCGCGGGGGUGUCCUGGCCAACAACGGCAGGAUUUACGGCAUUCCCAGCGGCGACAGGUCCGUGCUCAUCAUCGACCCUGCCACGGACACGGCCGACACCACCACCAUUUCCAAUGUCCCGUCCAACCUCUAUUCCUGGAUUGAUGGCGUGCUUGCAAGCAACGGCAAAAUCUACUCGUUCCCGCAGCGCGGCGCCGCUGUUCUCGUCAUUGACCCAGCCACCAACACGGCGGACACGACGACCCUCUCCGUCACCAACGAUGGCACAAGUGGGAACGAAGGCGGUGGGCGUGGCGGCCAGUACAAGUGGUGGGGAGGCGUGCGUGCAGGCAACGACAAGCUCUAUUCCAUUCCUCUCGGCGCUGAAAACAUCGCCAUCGUCAGCCCGGGGUGCUGA